CGCAUAAAAAACAUUGGGUCUGACAAAGACAUCCCCGGCCAUCAACAUCAUCACUCCGUCAAAAUUGAAAUCCUCCUUUGCAAGUUUGCAACUUCAAGUCUUCAAAGCUUGCUUACGAUGUACGUACGUCUUUCGUCGCCGUUGAUCGGUCUUUUCUUGUGAGAAUGCAGCUAAUCGGCUGAGCUUUUGCUCGCAACCGAAGGGCCCUUGGAUUUUCAAAGUUGUCGGAAAGAGGGAGAGAGGAAAUGAAGGAUUUGGUAGGGAGGCCGGGGUCGGUUAGCGGACUAGUAUUGAGGCUAGGGCAAUGUGCUUUUGCUGCCUCGGCGAUUGGGGUUAUGGUUGGUGCCCUUGGAUUUUCUACCUUCACUGCCUUCUGCUAUUUGAUUGCAUCAAUGGGCCUUCAAGUGCUGUGGAGCUUUGGACUUGCUUGCCUUGAUAUUUAUGCUUUGACAAGAAAGAGAGAUCUUCAAAAUCCAAUCCUAGUGAGCCUGUUUGUUGUAGGCGACUGGGUGACUGCUACUUUAACCCUUGCAGCUGCAUGCUCAUCAGCAGGCAUUAUAGUUCUGUAUUCUAGAGACUUGGGUUUCUGCAAGGAGCAACAUCAUCUUCCGUGCAAAAAGUUCCAGAUAUCUGUAGCCUUUGCUUUCAUCACCUGGGCUCUUACUGCCAUAUCAUCUCAUGUGAUGUUUUGGAUAUUAUUAGCCUCAGUUUAGGUGAUGGGGUCCCCAUCUCUGCAGAUAACACAUCUGCAACACGCUUGUUUGUUUUCCACUUCUGAAUGCAAAUGUCUCUCUUACCCCUUUAAUUUU